AUGUCUACGCAUCGCCCACUAACUGUCGAUCAUUUGAAUCCGUCGGUCCUGAAAGUACAGUACGCCGUACGCGGUGAGCUUGCGAUCAAGGCUGAAGAGUACCGCAACAAGCUCAAGGAAUCGAAUCACGGCCUUCCUUUCGACAAGGUUAUCUCCUCGAACAUAGGGAAUCCCCAGCAAAAGGGAUUGGAUCAGCCUCCGAUCACUUUUACCAGACAGAUCGCGGCGUUGAUGGAAUGGCCAGCAUUGGCUGAGCUUGCGCCCAACGCCUUCCCUAAGGAUGUCAUUGCACGCGCGAAGGAGCUUCAGGAAGAAAUAGGCUCGGUCGGUGCUUACUCGCACAGCAUGGGUGUCCCCUUCAUCCGGAAGAAUGUCGCCAAAUUUAUUGAGGAGCGGGAUGGGUACCCAUCGAGUCCAGACAACAUCUUCCUAACCGCCGGAGCUUCGGCAGGAGUCUCCCUACUGAUCUCAAUGCUCAUUUCGGCUCCUCAUUCUGGUAUUCUCAUUCCAAUCCCGCAGUAUCCCCUCUAUACCGCAACCCUCGCGCAGCACAAUGGCGCGGCAAUCCCGUACCAUUUAGAUGAACCCUCCGACUGGGCCACGUCCGUCGAAGAGAUCGAGGCUGGGAUCCAGAACGCCAUCAAAGCCGGAAUCACCCCCAAGGCUCUCGUCAUCAUCAACCCUGGUAACCCGACCGGCGCUUUACUUGAUGAGGCCACCCAGGAAGACGUUGUUAAGCUCUGCGAGCGUCACUCACUCGUUCUCCUCGCCGACGAGGUCUACCAGCUUAACCUCCACAGCCCCUCCACUCACCCCUUUGCCUCGUUCAAGAAGAUCGUAUCCCGGAUGGGCUCUCCCAUCGGUCUUAUCUCCUUCCACUCCAUCUCCAAGGGCGUCUCAGGCGAGUGUGGCCGCCGUGGCGGAUACUUUGAGUGCACCAACGUCUCCCCGGAGAUUCUCGCUCUGAUUUACAAGAUGGUUUCGGUCGGACUGUGCCCCCCACUCACAGGUCAAAUCGGUGUGGACUCCAUGGUGCGUCCCCCCAAGGAGGGCGAAGAAAGCUACGAAUUGUGGAAGAAGGAGACGGAUACCAUCCAUGAGGCGCUCGCGUCCCGUACUAAACUCAUGUCUGCAAAGCUUAAUGCGCUACCGGGUGUCUCAUGUGUUGAUUCUCCUGGAGCUUUGUAUCUUUACCCCCAAAUAUCGUUGUCAGACAAGGCUAUUGAGGAGGCAAGGAAGGCAGGAAAGGAGCCCGACGCGUUCUAUGCCUUGCAACUGCUCGACGAGACCGGUAUCUGUGUGGUUCCAGGAAGCGGGUUCGGACAAAAGGAAGGCCAGUGGCAUUACCGCGUUACGUGUUUAUGUCCUGGCGUUGAGGAAUAUGUUGGCAAGCUUGAGUCCUUCCAUAGGGGAUUUACUCAGCGAUACGGGCAGUAA